UUUUGCAUUAUUGAGAAUGUGUGAAUGAAUUUAGUAAUGUCUAUAUUUCCUCUUUUAUUUUAGUCCAGGAGUUAAUCACUGUCAAUCCAAAAGACUACAAUGUGAUAUUAAUGUUUAUACAGUCGGUAAUAUACAGCCUGCGAAAUUUAACUGAAAUAUAUGUGAUCUAUCAGAAGUUCUGUCUGAAGCAGUGGAAGGAGCAAAAAGAAAAUGAUCCAGCUGUACAACACAUCAUCUGUUUUGGUGCUACGUGGCUUAAAUCUCUCCACCGAGGUCGUCUUUCCUGCAUUUCUUUUUGCGUCUCUGAGCUACAUGAUCAUCUUUUUCUGUAACCUCAUCCUGAUCCUCACCAUCGUACUGAACAAAUCUCUGCAUCACCCCAUGUAUCUGAUCCUGCUGAACCUUCCUAUCCAUGACCUCAUAGGGGCCUCGGCUUUCUUCCCACAGUUCAUUAAGCAAAUCCUGACAGACAGCAGGACGAUGCAAUACUCCACCUGUGUGGCCCAGGCUUUUUUUAUCCACAUCUAUGCAGGAGGGACAGUGUUCACGCUGACUGCAAUGGCCUACGAUCGAUACAUUGCCAUAUGCUGUCCUCUGAAAUACAACUCAGUAAUGACUAAUGCUCACGUCAUGAGACUGAUCACAGGUGUGUGGGUGUGUAGUUUAGUCACUAUAGGUUUGCUUUUCAUUCUGCUGUUGCGUUUACCGCGCUGUCGGUAUGAACUCACACUUUCUUACUGUGACAAUCCCAGUCUGCUGUCUCUGGUCUGUGCUGACACCACCAUCAACAACAUCUAUGGGCUGUUCUUAGUGGCUAUCUCACAGGUGAUCGCUAACGGGAUGAUUUUGUACACAUAUCUGCAGAUUCUUGUUGCAUGUUUCAGAUCCAAAGGUACAGACACAAAAGCGAAAGCUCUGCAGACGUGUGCAACACAUCUGGCUGUGUUUCUCCUGCUGGAAUGUCUGGGUCUUUUUACAAUCAUAUCGUACAGAAUAAAAAGCAUUUCACCUCAUCUCAGGAGGUUUUUAGGGAUGUGCACUCUAAUUUUCCCACCAACAUUGAAUCCAAUCAUCUAUGGACUGAGAACUCAAGAAAUUAGAGAAAAACUCGUACACUUCAUCAAAAACAAAAUCCUCCCAUCUGGUGCGUUAUAACAGCAAGCUCAAACUUGCAACAUGCAAGUAUCUGCAUGUAAAUCUCUAUUCUUUAUCUUUUAUUCUCACUUUCAAAGUAUGCAUGUGUGAAACUACAGUGCAGUAUGCUUUAAAGAGUACUUCUUUUAACCUUACAGCCACUCCUAUAUUUGCCCCUUUUUCCUCCCAGCAAAGCAAAGUCAAAGUGUUUUACAGUUUUGUUUUUCAGCAUUUUAAUUUAGAGCUCUGUUAAUAUCUGAACCUUCAAAAACGAGUUGAUCGGUUCAUUCAGUACAAAUUGUUGUCAAAAAUAACUGAAAUUUCUCAAAACCACAGCUUCCUUUGGCAGAUUUUUGUUUAUUAUGCAAAAUGUAAUUAUUCACAUGUGAAUCCAUUGUCUCAUUAACGUUUGCCACCCUGUAAAUACAUAUGGUAAUAUCUAAAUCUAAAGAUCAUCAAAUAUUGUACAUAUUAAUAUUUUUUAUUAAACAAAUAGUUUAAAGGGAGGUCUCGACCUGCCUGAAUGAAAAGUGUCCAGAGAUAACCUCUGUUGUGAUUUGGCACCAUAUAAAUUAAACAGACUUGUCUUGAUAUCAUGUUUUAUAACUUUUUCUUGUUUAAAUGGGAAACGCUCAAAAUGUUUUCUUUUCAAUGUAUGAAAAAAAAAGGCUCUGGUGUAUUUAUGAUGGAAUAAGAAAUGACAAGACUUCCUAAAACUGGAGUUUUACAUUUUCAUUUGAAACAGAAGACAUUCAAAUCAUUGUAUUGAGACUUUUAAGAUACCUUUAGUCCCUAACCUAGGUGGUUUGAUGUGGUGUGCAGUCAUGGUGACGAAAUGGUGAUAGUUCAAUAACACACAAAAGUCUAUAUCACAAAAAAAAGGGAAUCACACCUUCAUACUGUGUGUGUUCACAAAUUCAAAGCAGCAGAGGGCGCCAUCAGAACACCAACAUGCAAAAAGGAAAUCUUUGGCUUCUUGUGAGAUAUUCUGCCCUCUUGUGUCCUUUCAGGUUGUUUUAAGGGGAGGUGGAAGAUAAGUAACGCUUACAAGGUGCCAGUAUCAUCACCAUCAGUCAAACUGAAAAAAACAGCAUGAAAAUAUAAUUUAGUACAUUGACCCGUGCUUUUAUUAUAUUUCUUGGCAGUCGAGGAACUCUUCAAGUGUGUUAUGAAUCUUUUUAGCCAUGGAAGAUAGUCGAUGUGUUUUUGUAUUGUGUGAAUAUACUCUUGUCAUUCAACCCUCUACUUGUCCAAAAUACACAGAUUGAACCCGUUUCCUCCUAAUAAAUCUUAAGGCACUUAAAUAUGCUGCUUUAUCGUAACACAUGUCUUCA